UUUUGUUCCGAGUCUCCAAUUGAGGGCAAAUGCAGUCUGGAAGCACCACUUUUUAAUGUUACAACGGAAACAACUACCUCAACAAACAAGGAAAGGAGAAGGCUUGCAAUAAUAAACACUCUAAUUUUUAAUAGCUUAUAUUUGCAAAGUCUUCUGUAAACAGAGUCCAGAUUUUUUUUCCUCCAAUGUUAAGAAGAGACACUACAAGUAAGCUAAUUUGACAGACUGGAUCUGUCAAGACAUUUAAAGAUAUUUGAUCUGCUGAUGUAAGGAUUUGCUUUUUCAAGGAAGGAGCCUCUGCACUGCUUUUAUAAUCGCUGUUGAUCGGUGGUUUGCUUCGCUUUUCCUGAUGUUACUAAUUGGAAAAGUGUAUUAAGAUAUUGCUUCUAAAAAUAUUAUUUGCAUUGAGGAAAAUAACUUUUGUAGACUUCACGGGAAGUGUCAAGAUGCUCAUGAAGAAAUUAUAGGCGAUAACGUCUCUGUUCCAGUGUCGCUUUUCUGCGUGCAGAGUGGAAUACCAAACGAGACAGAGCAUUAUUAGGAUACUUCAGCAUGCUUUUUGAGUACAGUUUGUAACUGCAGCAGGGCUGCACUGAACACUGAAAAUACAAAGUCAGCAAAGCUGCUGCCUCUCUCACUGCUGAUACAGAUUAUACAGACGCUUGCCUUUUUGAAAUGCCUUUUGUGAAACCUAUGUACACAGUCCUCCACUGUUACUGUACAUAGCUAUAUAUUUGCAGAAGGAAUUUGACAAGUGAUUGUGAAUUCAAGGAAUCUUUGGACAAGCACUCACUUAUGUAUUGCUGUAGUGCCCAGGAAAGCAAAAUGGACUACAAGCGGCGCUUCUUGCUUGGCGGGUCCAAGCAGAAAGUGCAGCAACACCAGCAGUAUCAACUGCCUGAGCUAGGCAGGACCCUGAGCGCUCCGCUGGCCUCCACCACCCCGGCGUCCCCUUUGGUCCCCUCGGCUGCUGCGGGCAGCUGCAGCCACCCCGGAUCCCACACUACUCCCAUCGCAGACAUCCAGCAGGGAAUCUCCAAAUACCUGGAUGCACUCAACGUGUUCUGCCGUACGAGCACUUUCCUCACAGACCUUUUCAGCAGUGUAUUUAGGAACUCGCACUACUCUAAGGCAGCUAUGCAACUGAAAGACGUGCAGGAACAUGUCAUGGAAGCGGCGAGCCGACUCACAGCAGCAAUAAAACCAGAAAUAGCAAAAAUGCUGAUGGAACUGAGCGCAGGAGCUGCAAACUUUAAAGAUCAAAAAGAAUUCAGCCUGCAAGACAUUGAGGUGCUUGGGCGCUGUUUCUUGACGGUGCUGCAGGUCCACUUUCAGUUCCUGUCGCAAGCUCUGCAGAAGGUGCAGCCAGUGGCCCACUCCUGCUUUGCCGAAGCUGUAGCUCAGGAAAGAAAGAGCGUCAGUGGGGCUGGAGCCUCCAAUUUAAGCCCCACAAACGAGCUAGAAGAUGCAAUAAGAUCAUGGAGAGGAGCAGCAGAGGCCACAUCUCGCUUGCGAGAACGAGGCUGCGAUGGGUGUUUGGCUGGAAUUGAAGUUCAGCAACUCUUCUGCUCACAGAGUGUGGCAAUCCCUGAACAUCAGCUUAAAGAGUUAAACAUGAAAAUUGACAGUGCUUUGCAGGCUUACAAAGUGGCUUUGGAGAGUUUAGGGCACUGUGAAUAUGCAAUGAAGGCUGGCUUCCACUUGAAUCCAAAGGCUAUUGAAGCAAGUCUUCAGGGCUGUUGCAGUGAAGCUGAAGCCCAACAAACCGGAAGGAGGCAGACUCCACCUCAGCCAAUUCAGUGUGAACUCCCCACUGUACCUGUUCAGAUAGGAUCCCAUUUUCUGAAAGGAAUAUCUUUUAAUGAGUCUGCAGCAGAAAACCUGAAGCUGAAAACGCACACAAUGCUGCAGUUAAUUAAAGAAGCUGGAUGCCAUAAUGGACUGACACCACGGGAUGACUCUCCUGUUACUGAAGUACUAAAUCAGGUUUGCCCUUCGACUUGGCGAGGAGCCUGCAAAACUGCUGUACAGUUGUUAUUUGGCCAAGCUGGACUGGUGGUUGUGGACACAGCACAGAUUGAGAAUAAGGAAGCAUAUGCUCCUCAAAUAAGUUUAGAAGGAACCAGAAUUGUGGUGCAAGUUCCAUCAACUUGGUGUCUAAAAGAAGAUCCAGCAACAAUGUCUUUGCUACAGAGGAGUCUGGACCCAGAGAAGAUGUUGGGACUAGUAGAUGUGCUCUAUACUGCUGUGUUUGACAUACACAGGUGGAAGGAGGGAAGGGAGCAAGCUCUGCCUUGUAUUCAGAUCCAGCUACAGCGUGAAAUCUCUGACUUUGGGAAUCAAGUUGACAUGCCAUCUGGAAACGGAAGCAAGUCAUCGGGGGGGCUACAAAAGACAUUUUCAAAACUGACUUCACGGUUUACAAAAAAAACUUCCUGCACCAGUACAACUAACAGUGGAAGCUACUCGAUCCCCAAUACGCCUUCCAAAAAUGUCUUCAUAAGUUCCAGCUCGGAGGAGAAGGCUAAAAUGCCUGCUAACGUGGAUGCACGAUUGCAGAGCAUCUUGAACAUUGGUAAUUUUCCUAGGACCACAGAGCCAAUGCAGUCAGUUCAGAGCACAAAUAAUCAGUUAGUGAAUGGGUUUCUAGUUGAAAGACGGGACAGCUUCUUCAAAGCAGAUGAAAGCAAGGAUGAUAAAGGUAUGAAUCUACCAACUGACCAAGAAAUGCAGGAUGUUAUAGAUUUCUUGUCUGGCUUUAACAUGGGCAAAUCCCAGCAGACUUCUCCAAUGGUGAAGAGAAGGAACUCCGUUGCAUCCUCCACAGCAGAGCAGAAACCAGGAGCAGUGCAACAGCAGCCACAGUCUCUCUCCCACCCACCGCUGCAUCCUUCUCAGCAAGGCCUGUCGCAGCAGCAGCCACAAAAGCAGCAGCAGCAAAUGCAGUAUUACCAGCAUUUGCUUCAACCUAUCGGACCACAGCAACGGGCACCUGCCAAAUGGCUGACUAAUUCUUCCCAGCAGCCAGCCCAGGCCCUCGGAGCUGGCUUGUCUCAUAUGAACCAGUGGAACAAUCCUGGUUUUUCAGAUUUAAGCUCCGAUUUGUACAGCUUGGGUCUUGUGAGCAGCUAUAUGGACAAUAUGAUGUCAGAGAUGUUAGGACAGAAACCACAAGGACCUAGAAACAACACGUGGCCAAAUCGUGACCAAACUGAAGGAGUGUUUGGGAUGUUAGGAGAAAUUCUGCCUUUUGACCCUGCAGUUGGCUCUGAUCCAGAAUUUGCCCGCUACGUUGCUGGGGUCAACCAGGCUAUGCAACAAAAAAGGCAAGCACAGCACGUCCGUCGCCCAAGCAACACACGCAGCAACUGGCCUCUUCCUGACGAUCCUCACAAAACCUGGCCCUUUCCCGAGUAUUUCACAGAAGGGGAUGUGACAAACAGCUGGUCUGGUACUCAAGGAGACUCUGCCAGCUCAAGUGAUGAGACCUCCUCAGCUAAUGGAGACAGUUUGUUCUCCAUGUUCUCAGGGCCAGACCUUGUUGCUGCUGUAAAGCAAAGGAGGAAGCACAGCAGCGGUGAGCAGGAACCUGGUACGCUCCCAUCACCACCUCUUCUUUCCACCGUAGAUGACCGUAAUCAGGAUAAUAAGACCAAAACUUGGCCCCCGAAGGCCCCCUGGCAGCACACGUCCUCGGUCAUGAGCACCCUGCCCGGUCAGAGUGCCUCUCUGUACCCCAUGAGCAGCCCCGUGAGCCAGUGGAGCGACACGAUGCAGAUCCUGCAGUCCCCGGUGUGGGCAGCAGCCAACGACUGUGCUCCAGCCGCCGGCAUCUCCUCCAGCUUUGCCUACACGCAGCAGCAGCCCUCACAGCAGCAGCCUUCCCAGCACAAACAGGUGAAUAAGGGCUUUAAAUCCUUUCCCGUCAAGCACGAACGCAGACCGUCUUACUUGCAUCAAUACUAAUUGCUUUUCACGUUGGAAAAUGCAGCCCAGGGCCAAACCGGAACUAUCUAUACCUUGUUCUGCAAUUGUGUACUGGCUGUGUCUUGUUUAUCUCAUUAAAUGUGGAAGUGAGGAGUUACUGGGUGACAUAGACAAACCCUCAAAUUCAGUUCGACAGUGCUGAGCAAAUAUGGCCAAUAUGUUUGAUAGACUUACAUGAAACAGCCCAAAACUGUGAUGUAGAAAUGUGUUUAAAAAUGUGUAUAUUGCCUUUACUUUCAAACCUUUUU